UAGAAUGGUUUCCAUAGCCGAGGUGCUUCUGUCAGCGUUGUUCUCAUUGCUAAUUGUGAUCGACAUCGUUGGAAAUGUGUUGGUUUGCUUGGUUGUUUAUCAAUCCAAGCAAAUGAGAAAACCCAUGAAUUACUUGCUGGCGAAUCUUGCCGUAGCAGAUGUUGUGAUUGGUGUAUUCAUGUUACCUAGGCAUGUGUUACAUCAUGCUUUUAAGCACCCAACAGGUGCAUCCGGGAACUACUUAUGCAAAUUCAUUACCGGUGGUGUGUUCAUCUGGUUGAGCGCGGCAGCAGCUGGGAUCUUACUCAUCGCCAUAGCAACUGCGCGCUAUUACGCCAUAGUGCAUCCUUUCAGAACUAACUUCCGGUUGGACAAGAAACGCGUCCUUUGGAUAAUGGCGUUGUCGUGGGGGUUCGCAUGUGUGUUAACAGGCCCAAGUAUGUCCGCCAUAGGGUACGACCCACAAAAAGAUUUCUGCGUGGAAAAGUGGAUAAAAUGGUAUCCAUCGCAAGCUCAUGUUGCUUUUGUUUUCACUGUCAAUUGCGCGAUUCCGAUCGUAAUGAUGACACUGUUGUAUUUACGAAUUAUCCACAAACUGUGGCGAAAGGAAGAUGCAAUCACGAACUCAGUUCAACUUGCAAGACUGAAGUCACGCAAACGCGUGACAGUUAUGCUCAUCAUUGUAACAGUUGUUCAUACUCUAUGUUGGUCCCCGAACUAUGUUUUAUAUUUACUGAUAUUCCACGCGCCAGGAUUUUAUUACGGUUCCACAACUUACAUUAUAACUGUUUUGUUAAUUCUACUGAACGCAGCCGCAGACCCGCUUCUGUAUACUUGGUACAUGGAUGGGUUUAGGAAGGGUAUACAGAGCAUGCUCUGUUGUUGUCGUAGAGACAGGGUACACGUAAUAGGCACCUUUGGCAGAAAAACUGCUAAUACCCCUGACCAAGUUGGCUUUUCUGUCACCACAGAACCAAAUAAGGAACAAGGUUAUAGAACUAGUACAGUUUGAGUGAAAGAAUCGAAACGACGGCCUUGGCGAGUAUCAAGUUGUUUCUCAAACCGCGAUGUGAUACGGGAAAUAACAAGCAUAGUGGGUGCUAGUCUAUGUCAAUGAAGCAGGGGAAAGCUCCAGACAUCUAUUAGACUAUAAGAAGUCCUUGCUUUUCGGCGAAAUCCGUCGCGCAAGUCAAAUAUAUAUAUAUAUAUAAAAGGAAAAUUAUGCUAGUGCGUCACGCGGAACUCUGGGAGUGAGGCGCACGAAACGUUUCACUUUCACAUCCCAGAGUUCCGCGUGAUGCACGAGCAUCACUAACAUUUUUUCACUGGGCUUCGUUUCACUUUGACUCGUGCGCCGAAAAGAAGAGAAUGCUCGAAGAA